AGGAGAUGGAACGAGCGGCGCAACGCUUGACGGCCAGCAUCGGCUAUAUCGGUGCUGGGACCAUCGAGUAUUUGUACAACGCCACGACGAAUCAGUUCUACUUCCUGGAGCUCAAUCCACGCUUACAAGUGGAACAUCCCGUGACGGAAGCCAUCACUGGAGUGAACCUGCCGGCCACGCAGCUGCAAGUGGCCAUGGGCAUCCCAUUGGAUCGAAUGCCACAAGUGCGCAGCUUUUAUGGCAAGAGCAGCUGGGAUACUUCCAAGAUCGACUUCAUGAAGGAUGACUACGUCUAUCCCAAGGUGCACUGCAUUGCCAGUCGCAUCACUGCGGAGAAUCCAGAUGAUAGCUUCAAGCCCACCAGUGGGAAGAUUGAUCGGAUCAAAUUCCAAAGCUCUGUGGCUUGCUGGGGCUACUUCAGCGUUUGGACCCACGCGGCGAUCCACGAGUUCGCGGACAGCCAGUUCGGCCAUCUCUUCGCCCGCGGGGGCGACCGGGAGGAAGCACGGAAGACCUUGGUCUUGGCCCUGAAGAACCUCGAGGUGGUGGGCGAAAUCCGUACGCCAAUCGAGUAUUUGGUGGAACUCUUGGGAACGAAGGCCUUCCGCUUGAACACCAUCGACACGAGCUGGCUGGAUGGACUACUGCGGGAGCGAGCAGUGAAGGUGAAGUAUGAGAAGCUGGAUGUCGUCUUCUAUGCCGCGGUGCUCCGGGCCGUGCGGCAGUUCGAAGCUCCUUGGUGCACCCCUCGGUCUUCGGACGUCUUCAGACGGCUCGGUCUCAGACAGCAAAGGCGCGGUCGGUGGACGGAGCCCGGGAUGUGGAUUUUGCGGAAGCCAUCGCGAAGCGACGGCUGGGGCUCUUGCACCAGGU